AUGGCCGCCAGACCAAUCGUCCCGUUGCUGGUGGCAAUGAUGCUCCUGACCGGCUGCGCGAAUACGAUCCUCACCAAAUAUCAGGACCAACAAUGCGUUCGAAACUGUGACGACAAGAACAUCAAGAACCGCCAGACGUUUGAGCAACCGGUCAUCCAGACGGUUCAGAUGUUCAUCGGGGAAAUGGGCAGCUGGAUCGUCAUUCUAGGCUUCUACCUAUAUCGGUAUUUCGUCCUCCGCUUCAAAGAUGCACCUCUCCUAUAUCAGCCCCUGAACACCGACGAACAAGAGGCGGAAGAUGACGAUACUGUCCGCCCGACAUCGGCCGGUGCACCGAGCCCAGCCCUAAAACCUCUUCUCCCCAAUUCAGAUGAUCGAGCCGAGCUCCAAGGGUGGAAAGUCGUGCUACUGGGACUUCCAGCUUGCUGCGACAUUACUGGAACCACCCUGAUGAAUGUGGGCCUAUUGUUUGUGGCGGCUUCCAUAUACCAGAUGACAAGAGGGGCGCUGGUCCUGUUCGUGGGGCUAUUCAGCGUCUUGUUCCUGAAGAGGAGGCUGUUUCUAUAUCACUGGAUAUCACUUGUCAUCGUCGUGCUGGGCGUCGCCGUUGUUGGCCUUGCCGGAGCAAUCUAUUCGGGAGACAAGAACGCACAAGCAUCCAACACAGACAACGGGGAAUUCCUACACGAUGCAUUGCUCACAGCCCGCGAACUGGUUGUUCGGGCUGUAGAUCCUGCAGUAGUGCGAACCAUUCUGGGGAUCUGCCUGAUUGCAGUUGCCCAGAUCUUCACUGCCACACAGUUCUGUCUGGAAGAAUGGAUCCUGGAACAGUACGCGUUGGAACCACUGAAAGUCGUUGCUUGGGAAGGUCUGUUCGGGUUUCUCGUCACCGUUGUAGCUCAAGUCAUCCUCCACUUUACCGUCGGCGUCUCCAAAAGUGGGAAGUAUGGGUAUUUUGAUGCUUCCGAGGGUUACCGCCAAGUCCUCACGAACAGAGCAAUCGGGAUUUCCAGUCUCGCCAUCAUGGUUUCCAUUGGGGGCUUCAACUUCUUUGGUUUGUCCGUGACAAGGACGAUUUCGGCUACCUCUCGAUCGAUCAUCGACACUUGCCGGACUUUGUUUAUCUGGAUUGUCUCUUUGGGUCUUGGGUGGGAAUCAUUUAAGUGGCUUCAGGUGGUUGGCUUCGCACUGCUUGUUUAUGGUACAUUCAUGUUUAAUGACCUUGUCAAACCCCCAAUCAAGGCGCUUUUGCCCCGGAGCGAAGAGGCAGAAGGACGUGGCAUCCUCCUACCAGAAGAGCCGAUCGAGCACAUUUAA